UUAGCUGGGGGAGAUAAGACCGCACAAAAUACUUGGUUAUUUCCCCUGAGUCAUUCCUUAACUCAGCUUUUUAGUGUGUUUUUUAAGUUUCUUACAUGCUUUCUAAAUGGGCGCGUUUUACUGUGCCAUAUGUAGGCAGACGACAUUCACGGGAAAGGGACACAUCUUCGGAAAAAAUCAUCAAAGCAGGCUGAGAGUAGUUCUUCUUAAAUUCUUAGAAAAGGUGAAGGAGGCCCGCCGAACACUGAAAAAACCUCUAGUAGAAAAGUUUGAUUGCACUCAGCACAAGGAGACAUUCUGGUGCUACUGCUGUGCGCUUGAAAUCGAAAGAAAUGUUACAGACAACAACAUCACAGUGCUGUACGGAGGCCUAUUAGAGCACAUGGCCACCACAGACCACAGGAAGAACACACACAAGUUCUGGUGGGAAAAUAAGGCCGACCCCAAGCUCAGAGAUAAGGUCAUCAUCUCAGAAGAGGAAACUGAAAGGUUUAAAGUUGAGGUGGCAAAAGUGUUGGAAACAUUUGUGGAGAAGGAAGAUGAGUUCAUUAAACAGCAAGCUGACCACAUUCGGGCCCAGGAGAAGCAUCGUCAAGAGGUCCUUCAGGCUCUUUUAGAGCGUGACGCAGAGCCAGAGUCGUCCAAUGGACCCAACAGCACAGACAUGUCUGCAGGUGAUGCCAUCAGCUCUCAGUUUACUGCUCAGGGGUCAGACCAGCAGGCGGGAAGCAGCUUUGUCGACUCGAUGGUUGAACUACCGUGGGCUGCAACGGGACAAGGCCUGACUUUCAUAGG